UUUUACUUGUAUGUGUCAGUGAGAAAUCAAGAUCAGGAAGGCCCUAGGGUUUGCCCUGCUUAAUACUAACUGAUGAGUCCAGCUCUGGUAGAUGAUGAGUGAAAGUUCGAUGAAACCUCAGUAAUUCUCUCACCACUUGUCAGCAAGAAGGACUCGCAGCACAAAAUUGUUCUGAAUUAGGCACUAAAUGGUAGUAGUAUCCCUUAAAUACCAAAAAGGGAAAUGGAAAGUCAUGCUGCCUUUGUAAUGAGUGUUUAGUGCUGAGGCUCACCAAGCUGUAGGUAAUUAAACCAUAACAUAACAAGGAGUCUUUGCUAGUUUCUCAACUAAUAACUAACAUUACUUUUUUUUAAAAAAUACAUAAAAGGCUUAAGAGACUGAAUGGCCUUCUCCUGAUCCUAUUUUUUUUUUGUUUCUUUACAUGAUUCAAGAUUAUUGCUGCCAGGAUGGAAUAGAUGAUUUUUGAAAGAUGCCCUUUCUUUACAGGAUUCCAUAUUAUACUCUUUAUUUUACUUACAGGGAUUAAGUUCAGGAUUUCACCAUGUCUGAACCAAUAACACUGAAUGUAGGGGGAAUGUUAUACACCACUUCCCUCAUGACUUUAACUCACUAUCCAGAAUCGAUGCUUGGUUCAAUGUUUAUUGGGACUCUGCCGACCAGUAAGGAUCAGCAAGGAAACUACUUCAUAGACAGAGAUGGAAAAAUGUUUCGACACAUCCUUAAUUUCCUUCGAACAUCGCACUUGGACCUUCCAGCUGAUUUCCGAGAGCUGGAUCUUCUAAGCAGAGAAGCUGAUUUUUUCCAGAUCCAACCUCUGCUGCAGGCUUUGCAGACCAUCAAGUCCCCAGUUACUCAAAUAAAAAACAAUGCAAUGCUUAACAUCUUUCAUGACUCACAGUCACAUAAUGUUGGCUCCUAUACUGUAAAACUUGUUAAUGUUCAAGUAUUUUCUACAUCUUGUGCCUUAUUGAAGCUUCUCAAUUCCAAAUUCUACUAUAUCUUCAAAGGUGACAAUUUAUCUGUCGACAGUGAUCUGGAAGAUUUGAAAUUCAUUCCACUAGAAUGGGUUCAAAGUGGCAGAACUAGCAUAGAAAGACAGUAUGUAAUGGAGAAUUGGAAAAGCCUGUAUGCUUCACCAUCUCAUCGGCAAAUCCAAAGUCUGGAUAUGUUUGUCCAACAAGUCAUAAAAAUAGCAGUCAAUGGUGGAUUCUUCCUUAAUUCUGUUCCUUCUGUUUCAUUUGACCCAAUUAUCCUGCAUUUUACACAGGAACAAUAAUACAGAAAGCAAAUUGAUGUGAGUUCCCAAUCUUUUGAGCUUAAAGAAAUUAACAGUCUUUCCCUUGUUUCUUAUAUAAAUCUUGAUAUAUAAUGUGCAGAAUCAUGAAUAUUAA